AUGCGGCUGGCGUUUUCAAGGGUUGCUGCUGACCUGGCGCCAGAGUUUGGGCUUGAGCAAGCAGUCAAGGCGGUGUCAGCUGCACAAGAGGGGCGGGCGCAGCCGGAGGCGGCGCCCGAGGCGCGGGCGCUCACCGAUGGCGAGGCCGACGGCGGGGCGGCUGUGGCGCUGGCGGCAGCGGCUGACGCCGUCGACACGGCGGCUGCCGGCCAGGCGGAUGCCACCCCCGAGGCGCUGACUGCCGCCGGCAGCGAGCCGCACACCCCGGCUGCGCCCGAGGCCGCCACCGCCGCCGACGCGCCGGCCGCUGCCGCAGGCCCCGACGCCGGCGAUGACGCCAGGCCUGCAGCCGCCGCGACGCCGCCGGCGGCCGCGGGCCAGGCGCUGUCAGAGGAUGGGCUCACCCACCCCUGGGCGGCAGCCACGCCCCACCAGCAGGGGGCGUCUUCCGACGAGGAGGUCGCCGUCAUAAUUGAGGAUCCCGAGGAAACAGGCAAUGCAGCUGCCGAGGUCGAGCAUCUGAUCGCGGCGGCGGCGGCGGCAGAAGUGGGUGCGCUGGAGGAGGACACAGCCAUUGAGGUCGAGUUUGACGCUGGCGACGGCGCCGCCAUUUGCGACGCGGCGCCCGGCGCCGGCGACGGCGCUGGCGCCGAGGCCCGCGCGCAUGCGGGGAUUGACGCGGAGCCCGAGCCGUCCGCCGCCGCCGCCGGGGCGGCGGCCGGGGACGCGGCCGCAGGGGCGGAGGGGGCCGCGGGCGUGCGCGGCGAGGGCGGCUCCGACGGCGAGGAGGCCGAGGCGCGGCCGGCGCCGGCUGGGGGCGAGGGCGGGGCAUCCGUCGAGUGGGCUGCCCUGUCGGGGUCCCUGGGGUCGCUCGAUGAGUGGGAGGCAGAGUCUGAAUGGUUUCGGACGACAUGGGGCUCUGUUCCGCGGCGGUCACACCAGGGCUGGCAGUGGGACCCAGACUCCCUAUGCCUGACGCCUGAUCAGCUGCGGGCGGCCCAGGGCGAGCCAGAGGGCAGCGGCUGCGGCGGCGCGGCGGGCGCGGGCGAUGAGGAGGACGGCGCCGCGGCGGAGGGGGAGGGGACAGAGGGGGACCAGGAGGGGUCGGCGGCGAGGGUCGGCGGGGGCGUCGCGUGGGAUCUUGAGUAUGAGGAGUUUGCCGCUUUUGAGGAGUCCGAGGAGUCAAAGGAGUCCGAGGAGGUUGAAACGCGCGAUGAGUUUGACGAAAUCGUGGCCGUGCUCGACGCGGCGGCGGCGGCGACGGUCGCGCAGGUGGAGGUGGCCGCGGCUGCGGCCGCGCUGCCGCGCGGCUGGGGCCCCGCGGCGGCGGCGGCGGCCGGCGCGGGCGAACUGGCGGGGGAGGAGGGGGACGAGGGCGGCUUCUUGGUGGAAGUGGCGGCCGAGCCAGCGGGCCCCGUUGCUGCAGCAGAGGACGACGGCGCACGCGCCGCACACAGCCAGGAUGGCGGCCCGCCCAGCGGCGCCGAGGGGCAGGCCUCAUCCGAGGGGCUGCCGGCGGCGCCGCAGGCGUCUGCCGCCCCAUCGGCGCCGGCCGGCGCGGCCGACACAGAUCUCGGAGGCGCCGCGGCCCCCGCCAGCGAUGACGAGGGCGCUGGCGCAGCCGGCGCGACCUCGGCGGGGUGCGAUCUGCCCUCCGAGGUUGGCCUGGACGAUCUGAGCAACCAGAUCUUUGACGAGAUGCAGGCCCUCUGCCUGGCGCUGGCCCGCGGCCGCGCGGCGCUGCUGCCGACCGGCGCGCGCGACGAGGCGGCGGCGCCGGACGCGAGCAACACAGAGUGCUUCAGCGGUGAGCGGGGGGGGGGGGCGGCUUUCGUGGACGGCACCACCGGCCGCGCCCGCCGCGCCGCCCUCCUCCGCGGCCUCGCCUUCAUCCGCCGCCUCGAUGAGUCCCUGCCCGCCCUCGCCCCCCUCGGCCCCUUCGUCAACGGGCAGCCCAAGAAGCAGUUCGUGUGGAGCGCCUACGAGGCCCUCGUCGACAAGCGCCGCUGCCGCCCGGCCGCCGACGCGGCCGCGGACGCGGCGGCGGACGCGCUGCCGCGCGCGGGGCGCGCGCUGCUGCUCGCGCUGGGCGUGUGCGGCGCGGGGGAUGCUGAAGAGCAUGACGAGGCGAUUGAGAUGCAGCAGCGGCUGCUGACCGUGGCGCAGGCCGUCGGCGCCGGCGCCGGCGAGGGCCGCGGCGCGGAGUUCCCCCAGGAGCUGCGGGUGUGCUUCCGGCCGCGCCCCGCCGCCCCGCUGCGGCCCGAGUACCCGGCCGCCGCGGCCGACGACGACGGGGACGGCGAGGCGGACGCGGGCGGCGGCCGCGCCGCACGGCGCCGCCGCGCGCGCGGCGCACGCAGGAAGAGGAAAUUUGACGCCGCCGCUGCGGCGGCGGCGGCGGCAGGCCCAGCAUCCGGGGCAGGGGCGGCCGCCGAGGAAGCCGAGGGGAAGCCGGCUGAGGUGGAGCUGGAGAUCCAUUUUGAGGAUCAGGAGGCGGAGCAGCAGGCGCGCGCCUCUGAUGCGCCGCCCGCCGCCGCGGAGCAGCAGCGGGCCGGCCAUCCCGUCGGCGCAGGGCCGCCCCCCUCGGUCGAGGCGCCGGCGCCGGCGCGUCCUGCGGCGGCGUCUCCUGCGGCGCCUCGGGCGCGGCGCGGCGACGCAGCGGCUGGCGCCGCCGAUGCGGUGAUUCAGGUGGACAUUGAGUUUGAGGUCGAGGAGCAGGUUGAGGCCGAGGGCAGGCGCGCCUCCACCGACGCCUCGCUAGCGGCAGCGCUCAGCCACCGGAAGUCGCGGCAGCGUGGGCCGCGGGGGCAGCAGUCAAGGCAGCAGUAA